AUGGUGGUUGCAUCCACUGCCAAGCCAGUGCAGCGCGAAGAAAGGUUGCCGUCCAUGAUGAUGACGAUGAAGGAAAGGGAAGACCGCACGCUGUCCCCCUCCGUGGACACAACUUUGAGGCACCUGGAAACAACGCUCAAAGAGCAUCGCGUGCUGUUCGCCACGGGACAGUUGCGUCCACGAACCAUUUCUUCCACCAUGAUUGAUCUGUCAUCGAUCCAACGCAUGAUGAACGCCUUUGGGUGCAACAGCAACGGUGUCGAGGAGAGAAAUAGGGGAAAUCAACACCCAUCAAAGGCAGCCCAUCUCAACCAGACACGGCAUGUGCUGCCCUCCUCAAGAGCGCACAACCGCACCCCUCAUGCACACGCGUGCGACGCGCUGGUAGCGACGAACAACCCUGCAAAGCAUUAUUGA